AACAUUUCAUAGUUCUAUCGAAUAAAGAAAAAUAUCUCAAGAGCAUUCCUGCACGUGUAGCUCUUUGGCUGAUUAAGAGAAGAUAAGAAAUCAGGUUCACAGAAGUAAAUUCAUGUACACUUUAUAUAUCCGUUCGUUCCAAUUAUCUUAAGUGUAUCACAAAAAUCAUUCAGCCUGCCUGUAUCCAAACGAUGGCAACUAUAGCUACUAGCCUUAACAUCGCAACCCAGCGAGCCGUCAUCACCAGCAAGAGCCAACCAGCUCGUCUCGCCUGUCCAGUCCGUUUGAACAACCCGUGGAAACUUGGUUCAAGAACAAACCGCUUAGUGAGCUUUAGGCCGGUCAAAUCAACGCCAGAAGGUGUGAUAUCCGAUAAAGUGGAGAAAAGCAUUAAAGACGCAAAGGAGAGUUGUGCUGACGAUCCCGUCAGCGGAGAGUGUGUAGCUGCGUGGGACGAGGUUGAGGAGCUCAGCGCAGCAGCUAGUCACGCUAGAGACAAGAAGAAAGCUGGUGGUUCCGACCCUUUGGAGGAAUACUGCAAAGACAAUCCUGAGACUGACGAGUGUCGUACUUACGACAACUGAAACUGAUCGAUCAUGUUCCAGGAUUCGGUUUACAUAUACAUAAAAUCUUUGUUCCGGUCAGUUUAGUAACGUGAUAUUAUGUAAAAGCUCUAUAAACAUUGUAAUUUGGGAAGAUUUAUAAAGAAAUCAUAUAACACAAA